GGCGGGGCCCCUGCAGCUCGGGGAUGUGCAUGAGACGGAGUGAAAGUUUGGAGAGAGACAGCUGAGCUGCUUCCAGCCCGUUGGUGCAGGAGCUGCAGGACUUUCAGGGCAGGAGAACAGCGACAAGAAAACAUGCCAACCAAAAUGCUGACCACCAACUACCUGCCUUGCUGCACAGUCAUCCUAUCAGUGCUAUUAAAGCUGACCCUUGCCCAGUACGAGCACCUCGGCUACCCGCCGGGCUACCCGGACCCGGAGCAGGAACAGUACUCAGCCCCACAGCUAACACCAGACACACCCAGGAUCCAGCUCCGAUUGGCCGGAGAUAAGAGGAAGCACAACGAGGGCCGCGUGGAGGUUUUCUACAAUGGCGAGUGGGGAACUGUGUGCGAUGACGACUUCACUAUCCACUCCGCUCAGGUGGUGUGUCGGGAGCUGGGCUACCUGGAAGCCAUCUCAUGGUCUCCUUCCUCGAAAUAUGGGAAAGGAACAGGACGCAUCUGGUUCGACAAUCUCCACUGCACCGGCAAAGAGAGGACCUUGUCGCUGUGUCCGUCCAACGGGAUCGGCGUCUCAGACUGCAAGCACAGCGAAGAUGUAGGUGUGGUGUGCAGCGACAAGAGGAUUCCAGGAUUUAGAUUUGUCAACACCUUGCCCAACCAUGUGGAGAACAUUGAUAUUCAAGUGGAGGAUGCGCGCAUACGACCGAUCCUGUCAUCGUACCGCAAGCGUAUCCCUGUUACAGAGGGCUACGUGGAGGUGAAGGACGGGGGGAAAUGGAAGCAGAUCUGUAACAAUGAGUGGACCCAGUUUAACAGCAGAGUCAUCUGCGGCAUGUUUGGCUUCCCCGGGGAGAGGAAGUACAACGCCAGAGUCUACAAAAUGUUUGCUCGCAGGAGAAAACCCACAUACUGGGACUUCGCGGUCAACUGCACUGGCAACGAAGCCCAUUUGUCUAACUGUAAACUGGGCCAGGCUACGACCCUGAAGACCAAUGGCUCCUGUACGGAUGGGUUGCCUGUGGUGGUGAGCUGCGUGCCUGGCCGAGCCUUCGCACCUGCGUCCAUGACGGGAUUCAGGAAGGCCUUCAAACAAGAGCAAGUGCUGGUUCGUCUUCGUGGUGGGGCCAUCGUUGGCGAGGGCCGAGUGGAGGUGCUGAAAAACGGAGAGUGGGGCACCAUCUGUGAUGACAACUGGAACCUGCUCUCUGCCACCGUGGUGUGUCGAGAGCUGGGCUUCGGGUCGGCCAUGGAGGCCCUGUCUGGAGGCCGCCUGGGACAAGGCAUGGGCCCGGUGCACAUGAACGAGGUGGUGUGCUCAGGAUUUGAGAAGUCCAUCACAGAGUGUUUCUUCAACAAGGAGUCUCUGGGCUGCAGCCACGAGGAGGAUGCAGCCGUCAGAUGUAACAUCCCUGCCAUGGGCUUCCAGGAGCGGCUGCGUCUGAGCGGAGGUCGUAACCUCUUCGAGGGCCGUGUGGAGGUGAUGGUGGAGAGGAACGGCUCUCUGGCGUGGGGGACGGUGUGCAGUGAGGGCUGGGGAAUCAAGGAGGCCAUGGUGGUGUGCAGACAGCUGGGCCUGGGCUUCGCCAGCAACGCUUUCCAGGAGACGUGGUAUUGGCCGGGGCAGGUGAGUGCGGACGCUGUGGCGAUGAGUGGCAUUCGCUGCUCCGGCACCGAGAUGUCCCUGUCCCAGUGUCUGCAUCACGGAGACCACCUCAGCUGCCCGAAAGGAGGGGGACGCAAUGCUGCUGGAGUCUCCUGUUCUGAGACGGCUCCCGACCUGGUGUUGAACCCUCAGGUGGUGGAGCAGACCACCUACAUGGAGGACAGGCCCAUGUUCAUGCUUCAGUGUGCGUACGAGGAGAACUGUCUGGCCUCCCCCUCCAGCCAGGCCCCGGCCAACUCCUACCGCCGCCUGCUGCGCUUCUCCUCCCAGAUCCACAAUAACGGCCAUUCGGACUUCAGGCCCAAAGCCAACAGAAACUCCUGGGUGUGGCACGACUGUCACAGGCACUAUCACAGCAUGGAGGUGUUUACACUCUAUGACCUGUUCAGCCUCAAUGGAACCAAAGUGGCUGAAGGACACAAAGCCAGUUUUUGCCUGGAGGACUCAGAGUGUGAUGAAGGUAUUGAAAAGAGGUAUGAAUGUGCUAACUUUGGAGAGCAGGGCAUCACUGUGGGCUGCUGGGACACCUACAGGCACGACAUCGACUGCCAGUGGAUCGACAUCACCGACAUCAAACCUGGAGAUUACAUUUUCCAGAUAGUGAUCAAUCCAAACUACGAAGUGGCAGAGUCAGACUACAGCAAUAACAUCAUGAAAUGCAGAUGUCGAUAUGACGGCCACCGUGUGUGGAUGUACAGCUGCCACAACGGUGGCUCAUUAAGCACUGAAACAGAACAGACGUUCCCAGGCCUCCUCAAUAACCAGGUGACCCACAGGUAAAGACAAACCAGAGGAGAGGAGGUAACCGGCCGUUCCCUCCAGCAGGGAAACCGCGUGAAGCCAUCAAACACUCUGCAUCUCCGUCAGUGGUGGCUCCCUCCUGCUCGCCCUGUCCUGGUCCAAUCAUCUUGUCCCUUCAUCCUCGUGGCAGCAGCUUUCUUUGGCCCUCCACUCUUUAUUUUAAAUAAAUAUUUGAUUCCCCCUCCUGUCCAAACAGAGGCAGCUGCAACCCAGUAACACUUCCACCCUCCCUGGUUAACUUCAAGAAGCUCUCUGUGUACCCUGUGUUUUAAAAAAAUUUAUUGAGCGAUGAAAGUGGCAGCAAUUUCUUUGUUCAGAGAUCACCCUGGAGAGUUUAGAUGUCUGUGUCAAGCCGUCUGAGAGGGAUCAUCGAUAAAUGACAGCGUUGGAAAUAAAUGCAGUUUUAUUCCACUAUUUAACAGUGCUUUGUAACUCUGAAGUCCCUUUAUAGGCAAAAUAUUUAAGAUGAAGGCAGAAUUUGACAAUUUGCUGGAGAGUUUCUGCAUUUUAAACUUGGUAAAUAAGUCCUGAAAAAAGCUAACAGCCCGCUACAAGUGCUGCCUGUGUCAGCUGUAAGAGCAAGGCUAAGAUGUUAAAGUUUCAGUGUGUAGAAUCUAGUGACAUCUAGUGGUGAAGCUGCAUGUUGCACCUGAACAACCCUCACCUGAUGUGAGUCAGACUUGCACAUUACCUUCACUGCCAGACAGGGCCGGGUCUAGACAGGCAUGUAUGAGGGGGCAGCCACAAAUCUUGAGGGGGCAUUGUGCCUAACCCUAACCCUAACCCUAUUUAGUUUGAGGGGGCACAACAUUUAUUUGAGGGGGCCAGGCCCCCUCUUGCCCCUGCCUAGACCCGGCCCUGCUGCCAGAUAAUGUAAACAGAGAGAAGCCAAAUAUUGUGAUUCAGAUUUGGAGAACUCUCUGUUCUCUUCUCCGUCACUUGGGUGAAGAUUUGCCUCCAGACAUCAUCUUGUUCUGAUAUGUUCGUAUCUAUUUCCUCUUUCUGAUAUGUAGCAAUGGUUUGUUUCGAAGCUAAUAUGGGACCUCAUGUUUCUUUUCUCCUCGUUCACUACUGUAACGAAAUGUCUAUAUUCAGAACAUUUUUGUUCAAAUGAACAUUUUAAAGCUUCCUUGUUUGCGUUACUGCAUAUUGUAAUACUGUAAGUAGCCACUAGGGGAAGAUUUACAGCAUAACGAAAUGAAGGCCUUUAUACAGACAGUCUAUCGUGAAGCCUUUAACUACAGAGAGGACUGAAACACUUAUUUUUCACCCUGGUAUUAAGUUACUAUUUUAAAGUAAUCCCUUUAUUUAGACCAGCCUUUUCUAUCAUCCUUUUUUUUUUGUGGUUUAUUUUAUCAAGUCUCAUCAGAACUGUAAUUCCCCAAAAUAACUAAGCUUUAAUGUUGAACUCGUGCUUUCAAAAAAUCACCCAAAGAGCUCAACAUGAGCAAUUCACAAUUUAGAACAACAUCCCCUUCUAUUGUUCCUUGUGCAUUGGCUUGUGCAUGUAUAGAAUGACUCCACACAGCAUCAUAAUUAGUGGAUCAUUAGCUUCACAGAAGAUUAACAUUAUUGAAUUUUGACCAGUGAAUUUUAGCUAUUAGCCUAUAACAAGCAAUCAUUUCAGUCCUGAACUUUAGAGGGACAGACUGGCGAAAAGUGUCCUAGUUUAUUAGCUUAUAUUUAACCUGCGUUUGUUGUAGUGUGAACUGCUCCAGAAAAGGAAUCGUCUGCACACGGUCUAAAUACAGGAGUCUGUUUUUCACUUUGAAGUGCCCAAGCAAAGCGAACAAGUGUUUACUGACUGUCUACUAGCAAACUUGUUAGCAGCAAAAGCUUUAUCUUUACUGUUUAAUAACAUUUUAUUGAGAAAAAAAAACACAGACGUAGAAUGCAGGGAUAAAUAAACAGAAAACUUGAGAAAUUCAGUGGGAGAUCAGAGGAUUUGUGCCAAAGGUUGGCUAACUAGGCCACCAGCUACAGCUCCGCUAGUAAUCGUCAGCAAGUUUAUCAAAUAUUUCAUGAAUAUGUGUGGAUUCUUUUUGCUGUAACCAUUUCUGAUGUGAGCCGUUGUGAUUUCACUGUUAUCGUGACUUACUUUACAGAUGAAGCAGACACAACACAGAAGAAGACAAACUCUGAACAACCCAUGUUAGCUCUCUUGCUGAUAUGCUAAUAUAAGUUUAUAUUGCAUCUUAUGUAUUGCACUGACAUGUGUGGGGGCAAUGCUACUAAGGCAUAGUGAUAUGAGGAAAAGACGAGGGAAUAUCAACAUUUUCAACCAUUUUCUCUGACAUAUUCUGGAGAAAAAACACAUUAACUUACCAUUGAAUAAAAAAAAACGUUCAUGGUCUUGAUCAUUCCUAAACACGCUGGCAAAAACGCUGCAAUGGUGAACUAGAUUGUUCGUCUUCUGGUGAGCACAGCAUGGCCCCACCUGGAGGCAGUAACGGACCUUAUAGCUUGGCUGCAUGAGAACACCAGGCAGUUUGCAGGGUAGAUGCUUUCAGCUACCAGACGUUGUAGAUCUUCAAAUACAACAAGAAAAGGCUACUUGUCCUAUUUGUGUACAAGCCAGUGGCAGCUCAGCUGUGAAACAUGUGACCUAUACCAGCAGGGCCAUUCAGAGGCUUCAAAGCUGUUUCUCCAAAGAGCCUUUUUACUGCUAAUAACCAAAACAAUAAGGAUAUAUUUAAUAUGACUUUUGCUCACUGUAGUGUGUCUGUAGUGUUUCCCUUGGCACAGUCUUGGCUCCACAUGAAGCUCAUGGGACCGUGUUACAGCAACAGGCCUUUAAAGAAGUGCAAAGAUGUCUGCCAGUUCCUCUCACUGCUUUACAUGUUCACAAAGAAUUAGAGGAGCUGAUUUCCAUCCUGUUGCUACACAGAUUCCAUCUCCUCACAACAGAGAGGACCAGCCGCAUUUCUUCAUGUUAACACAGUCAGAGCUGCAGUUUUUUUCUUUUUUCUUUUAUCACAAUUAAAAAACACUUUCUGUCAUUCAGAUAAGGUUUAUAUAAUAUUAUUACAACAUUGUACAAUAAUGUAAGUGAAUCCUAGUUUAUUAUGCUUUUUAUAAUGGUGCUAUCAAACUGGCCCUCUGUUUUCUGAGGGUGCAGUACAUGUUUGAACAGCUACAUUACGUGUACUAACGGUAUACUUGAACUGAGCGUGAUGUGCUUUGUGUUUCCAAAUAUAAUAAAGGUCAGAGUUACGGAGCAACCAA